ACGUCAUGGCGCGCGCAGCUACUCGGUUCAUUUCAGUGAUCGAAAAGUGUAAUAGGGAAUCUUGUCUCCCAGCCUGCAGCCUGCCCUAGCCUGACCCGCCAGACAUGUGCCCCAGGCCUUCCCCUAGCCUGUAGAGCCAUGUAAGCCUGCAGGUCAAGGUCAGGUCAAACGCAACAGGCCGUAACGUGAAAGAUGAAGAGAUUUACGAAGACUGUGUUUGAUGGGCUCAGGUCCUCCGUGCACCCCACCAACAAACAAGAAGUUGAGGAAAUACAAAUAUUUGAGACGCUGCAAGCUGAUGCCUUCCAGAUCGCGAAGACGGUGCGCCAUGGGUUCCCGUACCAGCCCACAGCGAUCGCAUUUGACCCAAUCCAGCGAAUACUGGCAGUCGGGACAAAACAAGGCUCAAUUAGAAUCAUAGGCAGGCCAGGCGUCGACGUCCACCUGCGGCACGAAGGGGAUGCCGCUGUAGUAGCUCUAUCCUUCCUCAUAAACGAUGGAGCGUUGGUUUCCGCGACUGGGGACGACACGCUACACAUGUGGUCGUUGCGACAGAAAACGCCACAGAUUUUGCAUUCUCUCAAGUUCCAGAGGGAGAGGAUCACCACCUUACAUGUCCCGUUCCAAAGCAAGUGGCUAUAUUUAGGAACCGAGCGAGGCAACAUUCACAUCGUUAAAAUUGUGACCUUUGAACUGAGCGGUUAUUGCAUAAACUGGAAUAAGGCCAUUGAAUUAUCACGCAAGACACACCCUGGCGCAGUAGUCCAUCUUAGUGAAAAUCCUGUCGACCCUGGCAAGCUGCUGAUUGGUUAUGAAAGUGGGCAACUGGUUCUGUGGGACUUCAAGGCCCGCUGUGCUGAAGUCAGAUACCAAGCCGCUGAACCCCUAAGGUCGGUGUCGUGGCACCAUGAAGGAAAGCAAUUUAUCUGCUGUCACACCGACGGGUCACUCACAACAUGGACUCUAAAGCAAACAUCGGCAAGACCCACCUCAACUGUCUUCCCUCACGCCAAGACUAAUAAGGAAGGAAAACAAGAACCAUGCAAGCCUAUUCAGAAAGUCGAGUGGAAGAACUGCAAGAAUGGGGACAGCUUCGUGGUGUUCAGUGGAGGUCUGGCAGUGGAGCGGACAGGGCGGACUCCCUCCAUCACUGUGGUGCAGGGCAAGACCACCACAGUGCUGGAGAUGGAACAUGCUGUGGUAGACUUCACCACACUGUGUGAAAACCCCUAUGCUAGUGAACUAAGCGACCCUUACGCACUAGUGGUUCUACUGCACAAUGACCUUGUUGUCGUGGACCUCCUCUCCCCUGGGUACCCGUGCUUCGAGAACCCUUACUCGAUGGACAUCCACGAGUCACCAGUCACCUGCUGCACAUACCUGGCUGACUGCCCUGCUGACCUCACCCCUGCCCUCUACUCAGCAGGGGCCAGAGGGGGCCAUAGGAAGCAGGGGUUCUCCGAGAAGGAAUGGCCGAUCUCUGGAGGGGAAUGGGGUAGCACCUCUUGCCCCUACCCUGAGAUGAUCCUAACUGGACACGCGGAUGGGUCAAUAAAAUUCUGGGAUGCUUCAUCUGUGGGACUCCAGAUUCUUUACAAAUUGAAGACUGCAAAGGUAUUUGAAAAACCUCGUACACGAAGCAUAGACGGGGAAGAGGACCCGUUUGCAAUACACCACCUUUCCCUCUGCCCUGAGUCGCGGCUCCUGGCUGUGGCUGGCGCGACCGCUCACGUUUUGCUGUUUAAAUUCACGAAACAGGAGACUACGGCUGAAAUACCUUGCCUGGAGGUGCCCAUUAUUUAUGAAGUAUAUGAAAGCAGAAACGGGUCUCCAGAAUAUGAUUUUUGCCCUAGAUCUUCCCUUCAGACCUCUGUGGACUAUUUUGUGCCAAUCCAUGUCAGGGCAGGACCGCAGAGAAGACCGGCCGGCUAUCAGGUGGAACUGGUGUGCCUGACUCCCUGGGUGGACGGUGAACCUCCUGGGGGGAUCACGACUUUGGCUAUCAAUUCUUCAUACGGACUCCUGGCUUAUGGAAACGAGUCGGGCCUUGUAAUAGUAGACUAUCUGGCUCGGACGUGCCUACUAUCCAUGGGCACACCUGACCUCUACGGAUCUGCUGACCCCUACCAGCGCGCCCCGAGGUCACCGAAGAGAGGAGGAGGAGGGGGAGGAGGAGGAGGAGGAGGAGGAGGAGGAGGAGGAGGAGGAGGAGGAGGAGAGGAGGAGAGGUGUAAAUCUCCAGCUUCUGAUCAACAGGUUAACGGAAUCCCAGGGGCCGCUUCCUGCCUCUCCCCCACCAUCACCACCACUACCACCACUACCACCACUACCACCACCACCCCGACGUCGAACCACCAGUAUUUCCAGGGGUCAAAGAGGAUGACCUCCACUGACCUGCCAAUUAAGAGGUCAAGGUCACAAGACAAGCUGGAUGGGUCGUUCAGUCGUUCAAGGUCAUCGAGCAUCAGUAGUCUUGAAAACAUCUCGAGUGAAGCUAUUCAGUGUCUGGCUUUUGCCGACACCUACAUCAGGAAAAAUGAGGGCAUCAUCAACCCGACACUCUGGGUGGGAACUAGUCUCGGCAGUGUCAUUCAGAUUACUCUUCUUCUUCCUCCUGUGGAUAUCCGCUCGACCACCCCUGCUUCUGUGCACCCCAGCGGCACCAUCUUCCGAGUUAAGGGCUCCGUUCUCACCAUGUCGUUCCUGGAUUCCUCAGGGGCAUUGAUACCUCACCAGUUCGAAAGCUGGAGGGAUGCACAGAAGGAGAGGAAGAUGGACCGAUGUCCCCGACCAACUCUGGGGGCGCGGCGGGGGCGUCGGACUCCGGGGGCGCAAACACCCCCUCCAAAUUCCUGGACUGAUCGGCAGUUUGUGGUGAUAGCCUCGGAGAAGGUUGCGCGGGUGGUGUCGCUGCCUACUCAGAAUUGCGUUUUUAAACAAAUUUUGACGGACGUGUCUUUUGUUGUGAAAGCCGACGUGGUCACCAUUAAAGACAGCAUAUCCCUGGUGUGUUACAUUGCCUCGGGCCACGUGUCAGUCUUCAGCUUGCCCAGCCUCCGCCAACUUAUUUAUAUUGAUUUUCUUCCUCUCGUCGACCUCAGCUUUCAGAUGUGCAAAAAAGGUAUUAUAGACCCAAUGCUUUCAAUAUGGGGCCAGCAAAUGUUUACCAACCAAGAUACCUUUCAGAUCGCCCGUACCUUUUGCUUCACACACCGGGGUCACGGCUUAUAUUUAUGUUCACCUUCAGAGAUACAAAAGUUCACGAUCUCAGCUGACUUCUGCAAUGAGCUUCAGGAGUUACUGGGGAACCUCUUCUUGCCGACUGACAUGCCCGAGGCGCCCAAACAAAGUUUCUUCCGUGGCCUGUUUGGUGGGGGCGUCAACCAGCUGGACCGGGAGGAGCUGUUCGGUGAGUCUUCAGGCAAGCCUUCCCGUACCCUGGCCAAACACUUAGUCGGUCCCAGCGGCCUUGACCCCGCCGCCCUCUCCGCUCGGGCCGGCGCUGCCACGUCGGACAUCGGGCGUGCAAAGAUGUUGGCGCUGGAAAGAGGCCAGAAACUUGGAGAAUUGGAGGAAAGGACGCAGCGAAUGAUGACUGAGAGCGAGACAUUUGCCUCCCACGCCCAUUCUCUCAUGAUGAAGUACCGGGAUAAGAAAUGGUACCAGCUGUAAGCGGGAAUACGAGAUGAGGGAGGUUCCAGGAGAGAGAGACCGGGAGAUUCAAGUUGGUGUGUUUUUGUCGUGGGUGGAGGUUAUGUGAUUUUUAGUUGAGUUUGGGGUUAAAAGUGCCGGUUUUCUAUGAUUUUAUUUUGAGUUAAGAUUAGAAAAUGGAGUUUUCCUAAAGGAAUUAAGAUUUUUAAGUGUUUUUUGGGCUUUAAAAUUCGAAAAUGGUGAUGUUUGGGGUUAAAAGUGCCGGUUUUCUAUGAUUUUAUUUUGAGUUAAGAUUAGAAAAUGUUUUUUUUUUUAAAGGAAUUAAGAUUUUUAAGUAUUUUUGGGGCUUUAACAUUCGAAAAUGGUAAUUAAUUUUGGGUUUCUGUGCUCAAAAUUUGAAGUGCUUUGUUUUUUUUUUAUCAUAGUCUGGGAAUAAAAGCCUCGUUUUUUUCAUUUAUUUUUUGUUUAAAUUAGAAAACGGAAACUUUUUUUCUUAAGUCUGGGGUUAAAAUUCAGUUAUUUCAAAUUUCAGAGAGAAUUUUCGAUGGUAGAAUAGUGGUAGUUGUGGUAGAUAGAGAUAGAAUAUUGGUAGAAUAUUAAAGAGUAAUUUUGAGUGUAUCCUCCCACUCCCUCUCCCCCUCCCUCGCGAUCUUUAGAAUUGUGGUAAAUUGCGGUAGGAUAAAUACAAUGUUGGUAGUUGUGGUUGUGAGAAUAUUAACUUGACUAAUUUAAGUCAAAAUAUUGGUUGUUGUAAGGUUGUGAUAGUGGUGGUAGUAAAUAUAGUAAUUCGCUUUGUUUGGAUACGGCAAUGUUGGUUGGCUGAGAAAUGUUGGUAGCGAAGUUGAAAAUUCAGAAAUAAUGUUUGUUGUGGUGUAAUUGUGGUUGCUUUGGCGGGAAGUCUUUUAAAAAUGUUGGUAGGUGGGUGUAAAAUUGCAAGAAUAUUGAAUCGCAAAGAAUGUUGGUAAUUUUCAUAGAAGCGUAAACUGACACGCCAUAAUUUUGGUUGAAAACUUGAAAAUAUUGGUUGGGCGGCCGAUAAUUGUGGUAGAAGUGCGGAAUAUUUGUAGAUUGACAGGGAGACGUGAGAAUAUUGAUGCAAGAAAAGCGGCAAUGUUGGUAGUCGUGGUAGACCCAAAAAAUAAUUAUAGAUAGAUUCAGAAACAAACAUUCCAAUUUUGGUUGAAAUAUUGGUUGAAUGUUAGUGUAUAUAUAUAGAGAGAAAAUAUAGAACUUAUAGAAUUGUGGUAGAUUUGAAGAAUUGCGAGCCAGAAAAUCCACAGAUGUUGGUAGCACUGGUUCAAAUAUUGGUAGGUUCUGGCUGUGGCAAAUUGUGGUAGUUUUGGCCCUAGUAGUAAUAAUAAUGUUUGUUGACAUUUUUUUGUAACGAAAAUGUUUAUUGGUGGCGAUGGUGGUGGUAGUAGUAGUAGUAAUAGUGGCUACUACUACUACUACUACUACUACCACCACCAUCACCACCACCACCACCACCACCACCACCAACAUUUAUUUGAUUUGUGUGUGUGUGCGUGUGCAUGCGCGCGUGUACUUAACUACUACUACUACUACUACUACUACUAUUAUUAAACCAGUUAGUAUUAUAAUCACUACUACUACUACUACUACUACUACUACUACUACUACUACUACUACUUCUAUCACUACGAAAAUAGUAGUAGUAGUAGUAGUAGUAGUAGUAGUAGUAGUAGUUUAAAAGACUUCCAUAUUAAAAUUAAUAGUGAUGAUAAUUUGUAUUUAAUUAAAGAAAAUAAUAAUAAUAAUAAUAAUAAUAAUAAUAAUUUUAGAAUAUAAUUUAAUCUCUCUCUCUCUCUCUCUCUCUCUCUCUCUCUCUCUCUCUCUCUCUCUCUCUCUCUCUCUCUCUCUCUCUCUCAUUAUUAUUAUUAUUAUUGUUAUUAUUAUUAUUAUUAUUAUUAUUAUUACAACAAAAAUUUAUAAAUAUAUAUAAAUAAAUAUUGUAGUUGUAGUUGCUGUAGUUGUUAUUGGUGUUGUUGUUGUUGUUGUUGUUGUUGUUGUUGUUGUUAUUGUUGUUUGUGGUGGUGGUGGUGGUGGUGGUAGACGAAAAUUAUUAUUAUUAUUAUUAUUUAUUACUAUUAUUAUUAUUAUUAUUAUUAUUGUGUAUAAAUAUAUAUAAUAAUUAAUUUAUAUUUUAUUUAUUGGAGAGAGAGAGAGAGAGAGAGAGAGAGAGAGAGAGAGAGAGAGAGAGAGAGAGAGAGAAAAUACUAUUAAU